UCUCCCCACCCGGAGGAGCACACGGCUCCAGAAGCUUCCUCCAUUAAUUCUUUUUGAUUACUCAUAUAAUCACCUUGUUAUUUCUUUAUAUUUCUCCCUCGUCUCGCCCGCCUCCGUUCCGCCUUUGGUCCAGAUCCACGCGUGUUGCGGACUUGCGGUUGCUUUUGUUCGUCUUCUCCCGGAGAUUCGGCGUGUUCGUGCUGCGAAAUCCGAACUACUUCUGCUGCUAAGAUUUCUGCCGCGUGCUAAUGGCGGAGGAAGGGUACAAGGUUGUUCUUAACGUGUACGACCUCAGCAACGGCCUCGCGCGGCAGCUCUCCACCUCCUUCCUCGGCAAGCCAAUCGAGGCCAUCUGGCAUACGGGCGUGGUGGUGUACGGGAACGAGUACUUCUUCGGCGGCGGGAUCCAGUCGCUGGCGGCGGGGAGGACGCCGUACGGGCGGCCGGUGCGGGUGGUGGAGAUGGGCGAGACGCACAUCCCGCGGGAGGUGUUCGAGGACUACCUCCGCGACAUCUCGCCGCGGUACACGGCGGAGACGUACCGGCUGCUCAGCCACAACUGCAACAACUUCAGCAACGAGGUGGCGCAAUUCCUCGUCGGCGCCGGCAUCCCCGACUACAUCCUCAACCUCCCCGCCGAGGUCAUGUCCAGCCCCAUGGGCCCCCUCAUCAUGCCCAUGAUUCAGAACCUCGAGUCCACGCUCCGGACCAACGCCGCGCCGCAGGCCACGCAGUUCGUCCCCUCGUCCGUGCCGCCGCCGCCGCCGCCGCAGAACAAGCCCGGCGAGGGCUCGUCUUCCUCGAAGCAAGAAGACAAGGCGGCCAAAGCGAAGCAGGGCUCGGCGGCUGACCCGCUCGGCGGCGCGAGGGGGAAGGUGCAGGAGGAGGUGAUGCGGGAGUUCGCGGCGAUCAUGGCGAGCGGGACGCUGCGGGCGAGCGAGGCGGCGGCGCUGGCGAUGCGGCGGGUCAUGGAGCGGCACGGCAACGCCACCAUGCAGCAGAGCUAGACGAGAGAGACACACACACCACCAUACAUUCGACGCGAUGAUGCGUGUCGCAAUCGCAAUUACCGAGUUUUUACGGAGUAGUUAACUUCUUUAUGAAUGAGAAGGUGAUUUCUGUAGCGUAUUGAUUGUUUGUUACUGUGUGUGAACCUGGACUGUUCUGCUUAAAUUCGAUAAUCUUUCUCUUGUCUACUAUCCGAUGGAUGGAUAACGAUAACCCAUUCUCCAUUAUUGAAUAGACAAAGCAUGUUUGUGGUGUCUGGUGAUCAGACUGUUAACUGUGAUACUACUAUUGUCGAUUUCAUUCAUCGAGUCUUUUGUUUGUCGAUGUUUAGGGCCUUGUAGCCAACAUAAUCAAUUUUUGCGAUGUCAAAUUUUUGAUAA